AUGGAGUUGUCUCGAGAGAGUUAUCGCGCUAUGAUUUACUAUGAGUUUAAUGUCGGUUUAACUGAACAUCAAUGUAUGGAACGGUUACAAAAGGCAUUUGGUAAUGCAACUCCGUCGCCAGGCAAGUGCGUUUCGCUGUCUGAUGUGAGAGUUGCAAUUACAAUGAUAAUCAAGAGAAUUGCUUCCACUAGACCACCAGAGGCAGUCUUUAUUGAAAAAGCUCUUGAAGUACCUGUGAUAGUGAUCAAUGAACAGGAUGAUGUGGACUUGAUUGGGGCUCCAGAUCCUGUAUCAAACUUGAGGCCAAUACUAAGGAAAAUACAUUUACAUGAAACCCCUCUACAACAGAAACUGAGAGAAAUGCAGGAUGCGACGCAAAGGCAACUUGCGGCCGAUGACUUCAUAUUCUUUAAGCUACCAAAAAAAGUUAGGUUAGAAUUGGACUUGAUAUUUGAUGUUUUACUGUUAGAUUCGAUACGAAAUGCAGGAAAGAUAUCCCUUCGAGAAAAAUAA